UUCUUUCUUCCAAAACCCAAACAAAAAGCAAGGAAAAAAAAAAAACAUUUAAUAAUUGAAAAAAGAAAGUAUGUCUCUUCCUCUUCCCCAUCUCAUCAUCUACCUACUUCUCUUGACGGUAGCCACCGGUGAAAUUCUCCGACCAAGAUUCUACAGCGAAACAUGCCCUGAAGCUGAAUCCAUCGUGAGAAACGAAAUGAAGAAAGCCAUGAUCAGAGAAGCCAGAAGCGUCGCCUCGGUUAUGCGUCUCCAGUUUCACGACUGCUUCGUUAAUGGAUGUGACGGGUCCGUGUUGCUUGACGACACACCCAACAUGCUCGGUGAAAAACUAUCACUUUCCAACAUCGAUUCACUGAGAUCUUUCGAAGUUGUAGACGACAUCAAAGAAGCUCUAGAGAAAGCUUGUCCCGCUACUGUCUCCUGUGCCGACAUCGUCAUCAUGGCUUCUCGUGACGCCGUUGCUCUUACAGGAGGACCGGACUGGGAAGUGAAGCUAGGGAGGAAAGACAGUUUAACAGCGAGUCAGAAAGAUUCGGACGACAUAAUGCCGAGCCCGAGAGCGAACGCGACGUUCUUGGUCGAUCUCUUCGAAAGAUUCGAUCUUUCGGUUAAAGACAUGGUGGCUUUGUCUGGAUCACACUCGAUUGGUAAAGGUCGGUGUUUUUCGAUCAUGUUCAGGCUUUAUAACCAAUCCGGUUCUGGUAAACCGGAUCCGGCUCUCGAACCGGUUUACAGGAAGAAGCUUAACAAGCUUUGUCCUUUGGGUGGAGACGAGAACGUGACCGGUGAUCUAGAUGCGACGCCUCGGGUUUUUGAUAAUCAGUACUUCAAAGACUUGGUUUCAGGGAGAGGGUUUCUUAACUCUGAUCAGACUCUGUACACGAGUAGAGAGACGAGAGGGUAUGUGAAGUGGUUUAGCGAGGAUCAAGGUGAGUUCUUUAGAGCUUUUGAAGAAGGGAUGGUGAAGUUGGGUGAUUUGCAAUCUGGGAGACCUGGUGAGGUUAGAGUUAACUGUAGGGUUGUUAAUACAAGGCAUAAUGAUGUAUUAUUGCGUGACUCUUGAAAUUAGAAGAGAGAUAUUAUGUAUGACUUGUUUUUCUUUUUUGAUCAAAUUUAUGUAUGACUUUUAAAUACAUCUUUCAGACU